AUGGCAGCGGAGGGCGGCGGCGGUGGAGGAGGGAAGGUGUCCUUCAAUGUGAUCCUCACCUCCGACCCCAAGCUGCCCUUCAAAGUAACCAGUAUACAAGAGGCGAAGCCAUUUUCCUCCUUGGUGAAGUGUGUGUCUGAGGAAUCGAGAAUUCCUCCACAGACAAGCGCCAUCAUCACCAACGAUGGAGUAGGCAUCAACCCACAGCAAAGUGCAGGCAACGUGUUCUUGAAGCAUGGCUCUGAGCUGCGCCUCAUUCCCCGUGACAGGGUUGGAGCGUCGUCGGCCGCAUCUUUCUAG